GUUGUCCCGAAACUGAGAGUGUACACAUCCAAAUUUUCAGCACCAACAUGAUGAUGGUUAAAGCAAGUGGCCUUACUUUUCACCGCAAGGUGUCAACUUUCCAUUUGGGGAUAGGACUCCCCAUCCUCUUCUUACAAAAAUAUCUACAGGAAGGCACCAAAUGGAGCAUUUUGUGAUCUGACUUUGGUAGCUUGGUGGAGAGCCCACAUCCAGAUUUUUCUAAGUUUCCACCCACUUCCAUCAUCAUCUCUCUUUCUCUUUCUCUACCUGUAUAUAACUAGCUAGUUGUUAUCUUCCAAGCACCAAAUGAGAUGGUACUUAAUGAAGAGAAGAGAACAGGAUUCCAUGGCCAAGAAGAUUAGAUUACUCCCACUGCUUCUGUUACUUGUGGCAUCGGAUUUGGCUUGUGCCACUAGCAGGAGGAAGAUGACAAUUGAAGUCAAGCCACCGACCAUGGCCAUGGUAACUGUAGCAGAAGAGCAAGUCAAUGGAAAUGAUAAGGUGGUUGCGAUGAGCUCGGCGUACGAUGACCCUGAUGUCAAUAACCACCAUGCCAUUCCAAGACAAUCAUGGGAUAGCAGCCAAAACCCAAAUGGACAAGCCACUGGUACUCAAAGCCAAGAUGGAACUUCUGUUAAUAGCCAUGGUUAGGUCCUCCCCAGAAAUUGCUUUUUGGAGAAGAGUUGUAUAUAUGGUAGUAUCUAUCUAAGAAAUUAACUAAACAUUCGAAUUUUAUGCCCACAUAUUUUU